AUGGAGAGCCUUAUAUCAACUGAAAUGGAGCUCGCAAGGCAUCUUGAAAAUUACAUUCAAGAAGAAGAAAUUAGACUUAAACAACCAAGAGGAUUCCUGGAAAAAUAUGAAACCAUGUAUCAAGAAGCAAGUGAAGACGUGUCUAAGUAUUUGGCUAAUCCAGUCAAUGCUUACUUACUAGUCAAACGCCUCACCUCUGAUUGGAGGCAGGUCGAAGGAGUUAUGGUGCAGAAUGUUGCCUCUGCCAUCGUACAAAACAUCACGCAACAUCGUAAUGUGUUAAGCUUCCCUUCUGAUGAAGAUUUAAACGGAACAGCUGUGGCAUUAAUGAGGCUGCAAGAUACAUAUAUGUUAGACGCUCAUUCUUUAGCUGAAGGGAAGCUCUUAGGGAAGAAGUAUUCCCGUCAGCUUACUGCUGGAGACUGCUGGGAACUUGGCCGCCAGUCCUACAUGAAUGGAGAUCAUUACCAUACCGUUCUGUGGAUGAGCGAAGCUUUAAACAAGUUCAUAGUCGAUUCCAAUGAAGCAGUAAAACGUGAAGAAAUUCUCGAGCAUUUGGCAUUUUCUACUUAUAAACAAGGUAAUGUAAAUGAGGCCUUACAACUAACUCAAGAACUGCUAAGAAUUGUCCCGUACCACGAACGUGCGCUUACCAAUGUGAAGUAUUACGAAGACAUGCUUCAUCAAGAAGAAGAGACGCAACCCCGCCAAGAACGCGACGACAGGAUUUAAAAAAUGGAAAAUUUUGAUCCUACUAUGUUAAAACUAAAGAAACACCCAGGUACCGCAGGAAUACCCACCGAUCACUGGGAGAACUAUGAAAAGCUUUGCAGAGGUGAGGAACUAAUCGAUCACAAAAUCGCAGCCCGUCUACGAUGUCGUUUCGUUACCAAUAACGUCCCGUUCUUCCUCAUUCAACCCGUUAAGAUGGAAGAGGCUUCGCUGAAACCAUGGCUAGUUCUUUUUCACGAUGUUAUCACCGACGAGGAAAUUGAAACUGUUAAAAAGCUGGCGCAACCCAGGCUACAACGAAGCACGGUGCAAAAAAGUUUGACAGGUGAAAGUGAACUAACUAAAUACCGGAUCGCCAAAGCCGCCUUUUUGCAAAACAAUGAACAUGACCAGGUAUACAAGAUGAAUCAACGUAUUGGUGAUAUUACUGGACUUGACAUGGCUAUGGCUGAAGACCUCCAAGCUUGUAAUUACGGCAUUGGAGGGCAUUAUGAGCCACACUACGAUUUCGCAAGAAAAGGUGAGAUUCAAAAAGAUUUCGGCUGGGGUAAUCGAAUCGCUACAUGGUUGUUUUGCAUGAGUGACGUUGAGGCAGGAGGGGCGACAGUUUUCCCAAAAAUCAAUUUGGCUGUUUGGCCUCGAAGAGAACGUGCAGCGUUCUGGUAUAACCUUCACCCGAACGGUGAUGGUGACGAUUUGACCCAGCAUGCUGCCUGUCCUGUUCUAAUCGGAUCUAAAUGGGGUACAGUGAUAUUUAAUUAUGGAAUAACAAUUUAGCCUUAAGUUUUGGCUUACGUGAAACUCGUUUCACUAUCAAACAAACGGAUUCAUGAACGCAAUCAAGAAUUCCGCCGACCUUGUGGUUUGCAGUUCGACAGCGGAAUGUGAUAUACUUAUAAUUGCCAGGUGAUUGGAAACUUCUCAUCUCAUUGGUGUCCUCUCAGAAGAUAA